CUGGCGGCGGGAAAUAAGUACGAGCCAUAAUAGUAAUAUCGUGCGGGUUCUGCUUUUCUUCUCCGCUCCUUCUCCCUUGCAUUCCAUCAACAACACCACAAUCCGCUUCAUUACGCCACGCCCAUCACUCGUUCUGGGUCGUUAUUCCGUCAAUCCUUUCUUAAUCCACGUUUACGUUCUAUUCUGGCAAGAAAGAGGAAGGUAGAAGGAAAUAUGCGUUUCACAGCUGCUCUCCUCGUUGCUGGUGCCAGCGCGGCCGCCGCGGCCACCACCUCCGCCGCGGCCUCCACACCCACCGACUUCAGCAUCUGCGCGCAGAACAUCGUAGACGCCUGCGUCGAGCAGUACGACAAGCAGGUCGACGCCUGCGGCGGCAACGACUAUAUCUGCCUGUGUGACAACUACACCAACAAGCUCACCUGCUACAACAACUGCAUGGGCUCCGAGGACCGACCGCCCGUCCAGAACCAGGUCACCCAGUUCUGUCUGGCGGCUGAACCCCAACGAUCCGCGUCCUCGGCGUCGCUCGCCUCGGUCUGGAAGACGGCCGGCACGCCUUCGCCCGCGCCCACCACCUCUUCUGCUUCGGCCACAGGCUCCAGCGAGGCUACACAAACGUCGGCGGACGGUUUCUCAACUCAGAAGACGGGCGCAGCUGUGCCGGUGGAGAUCCCCGCCUUCGGUGGUGUGGUGGCUGCUGUGUUUGGGCUGGUGGGGCUGUUGUAGAGAGCUUGGGCGACGGAAGGGGUGAGGAGGAGGAGG